AUGGCAUACCAAACAACCCUCUGCGAAGAUGCCGUGUGUGAGAAAUCUUGCUGGCAGGAAGCAUUAGAGAAGUUACCGACAGAAGACCCGGACGUUCACCAACAGCUGGAACGAAUAUUAGCGACGCAGAAACAACCUCUCUCUCUAUCAGAUAUGUCGAGUCAGAUAGCCAAGUCCAUCCAAGCCAAUCAAAGUCGACUAGAAGAGCGAAAUUUACCAGGUUGCUGGCGAAUGCGAGAUGAAGGCGAAAAGGCCAAAGUGCGAAAGGCCAUGGACACGAUUCUCAAGGCCGUGGUUGUCUUUCGUGAUAUGGGGAAGGUUUUGGCGGAGAUUGAGCCCUCGCAUGUUGGGGUUGCUUGGUCAGGUGUCAAUUUGGUCCUACAGAUCAUUUUGGGAGGAUCCGAGCAAAAUGCUGCUGCAAUUGAGGGGCUUGCUCAAAUAGCACCUAUCAUCACGCGCUAUGCGAGGGUUGAGGAAAUCUAUAUCGAAAAGAGACAGAAGAAUAAAAGCACGAAUCUCAGCAAAGAUUUUAGGACACAAGUCGUUGAUCUUUAUGCCAAAAUCUUGGCGUAUCAGGUUGCGAUUAUCUCCCAUUGUCAAAGACACACUAUAACGCAAUACGUCAGAGCUAUUCCGAAACUUGAUGAUUGGAAUGGACUGUUGGAAGACAAGAUUUUUCAACAUCGUGAACUCAAGCAGAUUCUAGAGGAACAGGAUCAACAGAUGGAAAGUGUAUCGACUCAAUUAAGCCAGCUAUACGAACAAAACCAAGUUCUCAUCAGUCAGGUUCAACAGAAUGGUACGCAAACACUAUUGGGCUACAAUUUGAUUGAGGCUGACAUGCUAGCAGAGAAUAAGAGGAUUCUGAACUGGAUCUCGCCCUCAUCCCCAAACGAUGACCAUACACGUAUUCUAGAGCACGGCAAACUGAACAGCGAGUAUGCGGACUCGGGUAGAUGGCUAUUUUCUUGCCCGGGGUUUCAGUCUUGGAGUAGUGUUGAGAACGAAAAAGUCUCGACACUUUGGUUGCGUGGUCCUGUCGGCACAGGCAAGAGCUCCCUUGUCUGUCUCACCAUUGAAAAGUUUCUCAAAGGCCCGAUACUGGAAACUAGCCGUAUCGCAUACUGCUACUGCUCGAAAAAACAAGGCACAGGAGAGGCGAAUAGUCCAAAGUCUGUACUGCAAAGCCUUCUUCGACAGUUAGCCUGGUCAACAAGCGAUCUAUCAAUUUCACCGUCUAUCAAAGCGAAAUACACGACAGCACAGCAAAAUCCGGCUUCUGGAACGAGUGGACUAUUGGUAUAUGACUGCCUUCAGUUGUUGAAACAGCUGAUCGCACGUUAUCAGCAAGUCACAAUCGUCAUCGAUGCCCUAGAUGAGUGUUCGGACUUUUUUGAACUCUUGUCGCAUCUGGUGGAUAUAUCCUCAGCAUGCGAGGGGAAAGUCAGAUAUCUUCUUUCGAGUCGAAUGAAUGUUCCUGUCCAUCAGUUCUUUUCUGAAAGCGCCACAGUCGAGGUUGGGCAGGAUGGCAAGGAAGAUAUUGAUUUUUUCAUUGCCACAGAGAUGGAACGGAAUUUGCGACAUCUUACACAGUGCAAUGCACUUGACCUUAGGGAUAGCAUGACGAGAGUAUUGAGCCAUCGAGCUCAAGGCAUGUUCCGAUGGGUAGAGCUGCAAUUGAACAUCUUUUUCAAUACAAAGUCUCCUAUCAAGCGCCGAGAUGCUUUCAAGAGAAAACUGGACAAACUUAAUAAGGAAGUUGGAGUUCCAGUACUGGCAGAUGUCUAUGAUGACAUCUACGACAUCAACACCCCAGAGCCCGAAGACCGUCAAGUUGCAGAGCGAGCACUGAAAUGGGUUAUGUGCUGCAAGAGACCACUAAGCAUUGAAAUGAUGGUAAAGGCGGUCUCUUACUAUGACUAUGAGGGAAAUGUUGAUGAGCAGGUCACUGCUGAGUAUAUCCUUGACAUCUGCAGUAACUUUAUCAUCGUGGAUCAUAACAACAUGGUUCAAUUCGCGCAUUUGUCGGUUCGAGAGUACUUGAUGAGCGACACUAAGCUGAAUUAUACGAUCAUCGAUGCGCAUAUACAGGUAGCGAAGACCACUCUCGUGUAUUUAGCUGCCUGCAGUUCCACUUCCAACGACGCCAAAAACGACAAACGGGACGACUUGCUUGAAUAUGCAGUUGUUUACUGGCCGCUGCAUUGCAGCUGGCUGCGAGGGGAAGAGGAAAAAUAUACCGCACUCCAUAAGCUUCUCAACAAGUUCCUAGCAGCCGAUCCGCCCAGCGAAAGCUGGCUGCUGUGCGUGGAUACUUGGCCAAAGGUAAUACUGGAGUUUGAAAGUCGGAAGGAGAAACAUGGAUUCGAAUCCAGAAUGGCGGCCAGCCUCAGUCCUUCCAAAUCCCCGAUUUUUACAGCAUGCGGUUGGGGCUUCGAGGAAGCAGUACGAGGGGUCAUAUCCAGUGGGUUUGACCUGAGCGAGCGAAAUAUGAGGGGCGACACAGCACUUUCUGUGGCAGCGAAAGCUCAUCAGAUUGAAAUCGUGAAGUCACUUCUCGAAAAUGGCGCCGAUCCUAAUGCGACUGGAAAUCUGGACGGAUAUACCCCGCUGCAUCAUACUUACGCUAAUAUCGACAUGGUCAAGGUUUUGGUUGAGCACGGAGCGGACAUCACGAGAGCUGUGAAGGGACAUAUCAACAGUGAAUGGACGCUUUUGCACUUUUCGGCAUGCCAUGACUCGAAGGAAGUGGUCGAGUUUGCUUUGGAUCAUGGAGCGAAUGUCAAUCUACAGUCCGGCACGGGUCUGACAGCUUUACAUCUUCUUUCAACACGUGUUACAGAUGAGAGGAUUGAGAUGUUCAAGAUGCUUCUGGACCAUGGUGCCGAUCCUGAGAUUCGAUGCGGAGAUGGACAAACGGUUUUGGAGAGAGCGGCCAUACAUGGAGCCAAUGAGAUCAUUCGUCUCAUACUCAAUUAUCAGGGCAAAGAUUCCGAGGCUGAGAGGUGGUUUCGACAAGCGGCAUUUCGCGAGGCGGUCUGUCAAGGGGACGAAGAUGUCGUCCGACGAUUGAUUAAAGAAGGCGUUGAUACGAAGGUGAAAGCGAAUCGAGGAGAGUAUCCAAUUCAUUGGGCUGCGACCCAUGGCAACUCAGGUGUCAUAUCAGUACUCCUGCGCGAAGGAGAAGCGGAUAUUGAUACUCCAGAUAAAUUCGGGGAAACACCACUUGCUCUGGCCUGCAGAAAUUCUCAUACGGAAAUGAUGCAUUUUCUUCUUGAUCAGGGGGCAGAGGUAGAUUUCCUCAUGAGGAGAGGAGAUGAGGACGAAUACACUCUGCUCUCCAAAAUGGUUACUCGUGGCGAGGUACUGUUGGUAGACCUACUGCUGAAGCGAGGGGCCGAUCCACGAAAAGCCGACCUUGAUUCUUUAGAGCGGGAAGAUUUUGUCAAAGUGGACGACUUUGACGCUUGUGUGAGGAUGGUUCGUUCUUUUACUACUACAAACUAG